AUGGCUUCUUCUCGUAUUGAUUCGGAUCAGCACCCGGCAACCCCGGCCUCAUUGCAGGCGACAAGCCCUUCUGAUGAGGAUGCAAGGGUCGAUUCAGAUGCAGCACUGCCGGUGAUCUCUCAUGCUUCGGAUUGGCAUUCGCACUCAAUUGACGAGAAUACCUUGCGUCCGCGUUCGCAGUCGAUCUCAUCCACUGAGGCUACGGUGGUUCGCUCAAGGACUCUGUCAGAUAUAUACUCGGAUCAAACUGUGAAAUUUGAGUAUGACGAUGUGUCACUGUUGGAAGCACUAGUACCGGAUGCUCGCGAUGACGCCGAUUUUCACGUUGACAAUAAUCGGUUUGCCUUCUCGCCUGGACAGUUGAACAAAAUGCAAAACCCCAAGUCCCUCGCAGCGUUUUUUGCCCUCGGUGGCUUGCAAGGGUUGAGUAAAGGCCUACGAACGGACCUUGAUACAGGCCUGUCCGUCGACGAGGGACGACUGGAUGGUUUUGUAGAUUUUCAGCAGGCGACGUCACACCUAUACAAUACACCUUCUAUCGCUAAAUCGCGACUACAAGCCAACCCGGCUCCGGCAGUAGCUGUAAAUACCAACGGUCGUCCGAACUUUGAGGACCGUAUCCAUACUUUUUCUAAGAAUAAGCUACCGGCUCGAAAGUCACCUGGGUUGUUGAAGCUGUUUUGGGUGGCCUAUAACGAUAAGAUUAUUAUCUUGUUGACGGUCGCCGCUGUCAUUUCGUUGUCUUUGGGGAUAUACGAAACGGUGGAUGGCGGCACAGGCGUGGAGUGGGUGGAAGGCGUCGCUAUCUGCGUGGCGAUUCUCAUUGUCACCGUCGUCACCUCAGCCAAUGAUUGGCAAAAGGAGAAACAGUUUGCCAAACUUAACAAGCGAAAUAAUGACCGCGACGUCAAGGCUAUUCGCUCUGGCAAGCCCACAAUGAUAUCUAUUUACAAUGUCAUGGUGGGCGACGUACUCUGCCUGGAGCCCGGUGACUCUAUUCCCGCUGAUGGGGUCUUGAUCUCGGGUAAUGGUAUUAGAUGCGACGAAUCAUCAGUCACCGGCGAGUCAGAUCAUAUAAAGAAGACAAAUGGCUAUGAAGUCUGGCAGCAGGUUAUUGAAGGCCGCGUGAAUAAAAAGCUUGACCCGUUUAUGAUCUCCGGCAGCAAAGUUCUCGAAAGCGUGGGCACCUAUCUCGUGACUAGUGUCGGACCUUUUUCAACAUAUGGUCGACUUAUACUAUCGUUGCAGACUUCCAACGAUCCUACACCGCUCCAAGUGAAAUUGGGUCAUCUUGCUAAUUGGAUCGGUUAUUUAGGAUCAGCUGCUGCCGUCAUUCUCUUUCUCGUCCUGCUAUUUCAAUUUGUCGCAGAUCUUCCAAAUCAUCCUGAUCAGAGCGCGACUGUGAAAAGCCAACAUUUUGUGGAUAUUUUAAUUGUGGCCGUGACCGUUAUUGUUGUCGCAGUCCCAGAGGGGCUUCCUCUCGCUGUCACACUUGCUCUGGCAUUUGCUACAACUCGUAUGGUUAAGCAGAAUAACUUGGUUCGCGUUCUACGGGCCUGCGAGACAAUGGGAAAUGCUACGGUAAUAUGCUCCGACAAGACAGGGACCUUAACGCAAAACAAAAUGACCGUCGUUGCUGGCAUCUGGGGCUCGCAUCAAAGCUUCAGUAGAUUAUCAGAGGGCGAAACUCAACCUAGCUCGGUAGGUAUGCUAGAGAGCUUCCAGCAACUCACAGCUCCUAUACGAGAUCUUAUUGUUAAGAGUGUUGCCUUGAACUCUACCGCUUUCGAGGAAGGGACCAAUGGCCAAAAAGAAUUCAUUGGAAGUAAGACUGAAGUUGCACUACUUCAGCUAGCUCAUGAUUAUUUGGGCAUGGAUCUUACCCUAGAGCGUGCAUCCACCGAGACCGUCCAGCUUUUCCCAUUCGACUCGGCGCGGAAAUGCAUGGGUCUAGUUUACCGCCUAUCUAAUGGGGAUUACCGGCUCCUUGUCAAGGGGGCUUCCGAGCUCAUGAUUGAUACGUGCUCUAUGCAGAUCGCAGAUAUAACUACUUCUAAGGAGAGCCUCCACACGCAAGUUCUCUCAGAAGACGAUCAGCAUCACAUCCUUGAGGCCAUUGACCUAUUCGCUAGAGGGUCCCUUCGAACAAUUGGAAUUGUAUAUAAGGACUAUGUGACCUGGCCUCCGUUAGGGGCUAGGACGCUAGAAGAUGACCUGCAUUCAGCCGAUUUUGACGAUAUCUUCCGAGACAUGACUUGGGUCGGAGUCGUGGGCAUCCAGGAUCCUCUUCGGCCUGAGGUUCCUCCAGCAAUUCGCAAGUGUUAUUCUGCAGGAGUACAAGUCAAGAUGGUGACUGGGGACAAUAUUUCAACUGCUAUUGCGAUUGCGUCGUCUUGUGGUAUUAAGACCGAAGGUGGGUUAGUUAUGGAAGGUCAUGUUUUCCGAAAUCUGUCGGAUACGGAAUUAGACCGGGUGAUUCCCCAACUACAGGUUUUAGCUCGGUCUUCACCAGAAGAUAAGCGUAUCUUAGUGGAGCGGCUCAAGAACCUUGGGGAAACAGUCGCUGUGACGGGCGACGGCACAAAUGACGGGCCUGCUUUACGAACCGCGGAUGUCGGAUUUUCUAUGGGCAUUACCGGCACUGAGGUAGCUAAAGAGGCUAGCUCAAUUAUCCUCCUAGACGACAACUUCCGAUCUAUCGUUACAGCAAUCGCUUGGGGACGGACGGUAAACGACGCCGUCGCCAAGUUCCUUCAGUUCCAAAUCACGGUUAAUAUCUCGGCCGUCAUUCUGACAUUUGUGUCGUCCAUCUAUAGCGAUUCGAACAACCCCGUGCUGAAUGCCGUGCAGCUGCUCUGGGUGAACCUCAUCAUGGAUACUUUUGCUGCGCUGGCACUAGCCACCGACGGCCCAACGCCUGAGAUCCUAGAUCGAAAACCCGUACCUAAGAGUGCUCCACUCUUCACUAUGAAUAUGUGGAAGAUGAUCCUCGGACAGACAGUCUACAAACUUGCCGUGAUCUUUAUGCUCUACUUCUCUGGGGACCAGCUUUUAGGCCCACAGCUAGAAAAGAACGACCAAGAGCUUCGAUCAAAACAGCUUUCCACCGUUGUUUUUAACACAUUCGUUUGGAUGCAAAUUUUCAAUGAGUUGAAUUGUCGCCGCCUUGACAACAGGUUCAAUGUCUUCGAGGGGAUGUUUCGAAAUUAUUGGUUCCUGGGUAUCAAUACUGUCAUUAUUGGCGGACAAAUAAUGAUAGUCUAUAUUGGUGGUCAAGCAUUUCGCGUGACUCGUCUUAGUGGGGUUUUAUGGGUUGUCUGUCUCAUCUGUGCCGUGGGCUGUAUACCGUGGGGUAUGAUUUUACGCAUGAUUCCCGACCACAAUUUUGCUUUCGUCUUCAACGCUAUCGUCAGUGGUUUGUCUAUCGUGUUGUGGCCAUUUAUUAAGGUCUUUCGGCUAUUUGGUAGGGGCUUCAAAGCAUGCUUCCGGCCUAUACCCAGGUUCAUUCGCCGGGUUGCCUCUUGGCAGUUCUCUAACCAUGGCGAUGACCCUUCUCUUCAGGGGCCAACGAAUUCUCAGGCUAGAGAUAAGGAAGUGCCUGGUUCUAUGAAGGGGAGGCACCGCGAUGCCCCUGAACACCACCAAGUGCCACCGCAGAUCUCGGUACCCUCCAUUGCAAUCACAACUCCUCCUUGA